CUGUGAAACUGUGUGGUCCUGAACAUUUUUGGUUGGCAGUACAAGAAACAUGGUGCCGGCAUCUGCUUCUGGCGAGGGCCUCAGAGAGCUUCUACUCGUGCAGGAAGGUGAAGUGGGAGCAGAUAUGUCACACGCUCAUAUUGAUGUACCAGAAGAAAAUCUUAUGCUUGAACAAGACACAAAGUCAAAAACGGAAGUAGAAGUAAAGAAACAAAAAUCUUUCCAAGAUAAUCAACUCAAUACUCAUAAUGAAGUACCAAAUGAAAGGCUUGUAGUUGAACAUCAAGAAUCAUUGUCAAAAACCAAAUUGCAAGUAAAGAAACAAGAAACUUCUACAGAGCAACCACUCACCACUCAUGAUAAAGAACCAGAUGAAAAUCUUAUACUUAGGCAUCAAGACUCGAUGUCAAAAUCAGAAAUGCAGGUGAAGGAACAAAGAACUCUCAAAGGGCAAAGAAUUACUAUUAAAAAUGAAGCAGCCUCAGAACUUCCAGAUACAGCAGAAAAUCUUCCAGCAGUGUACCCAUCAAUUAGUGACCUAAUAAUUCGAUUUGAUUUAAACAAAGUGAUCGAGACUGAUAUAGAAAGCUUGAGAGGUGCUUUGGGAAGAUGCUUAUUAAAUGAUGAAUUCAAGACACAGUCAAAGAGUUUCCCUGGGCCUGAUAUAGAACAAUUGACAGAUGCAUUUGGAAGAGAUAUACUAAAGGAUGAAUUCAAGACACAAUCAAAGAGUCUCCCUGAGACUGAUGAACGAUUGCGUAGUGCAACUGAGAGAGGUACAAUAAAUGAUGCAAUUAAGACACAGUUAAAGAGAAAGAGUUACCCAGAGACUGAUAAGGAAUUCUUGGCAGAUGCUAUUGGAAGAGGUAUAAUAAUAGGGCCAAUCAUUACACAACUGAAGAGUCACCGAGAGACUGAUAAAGAACUCUUAAAAGAUGCUAUUGGAAGAGAUAUAAUAAAGGGACCAAUGAAUGCACAAUUAAAGAGUCACCAGGAGACUGAUGUAGAACCCUUGACAAAUGCCAUUGGUUCAAGUAAAACAAUUGGUGAGAUAAAGACACAACUAAGGACUCACUAUGAUGUGAACUUAUUUAAAAACAAAGAUAUGUCCAUACAACGUCAAGAAGGUGUCUUUACUAGGAGCAUUACACCAAGUAAAUUCCCAACAAAAGUGAUCAAUUUAUCACUCUUUGAAAAUAAAGAGGAAACUUAUGAGUACUCUUCACCCUAUGUGAUUGCACCUUCAAAAGCAAUUUAUAGAACAUAUAGGGCUGGUUCAAGCUUUUCUAAAGACAUCCACCUUCCUUUACUGAAUCAACUCCCUUCAGGGCAUUCGAAAGUUGUUACCUUACACCAAAAAACUAUUGAAUUUACUCUGCCUACUGUGACCAAUACAAUUGGAAAACCUGCCUAUAAAGAGCUCAAUAUUCUGGAGUUGAAUUUACAUGGAGGAAUGAAUCUUAGUUAUUAUAACAGUGUUACAUGCUGCUACCCGAAAAUCUGUACCACACCCAUACUUUUGAGAAUGAAGGAAAUUCUGAGCAAGAUAAGCAACAUGACAAAUUCAGAAAUGCAGGGAAGGAAAUUGCAAGUAUAGAAGCCUUUUGAAAAUAACACUGACUCGUGUGGACGGUGCUUAUUGAAAAACAGCCGGAAAUACAGUGGAUCAACAGGGUAGGCCCAGAUCACAGAAGGCCUGACCAGGCAGUGAAUGUGUCUUUACCAUAUGGAACAAUUUUGAACUUCUAAGAUCAAGGCUUUUUGUUGCUGAGGGUAAGAAAGGAGCUCUGUGUUGAGGUUCCAGCUUGCUUCUAUUCACCAGUGUCCCUGUAGUACUUUCUGGUGUGAUGUAAAAUCAAUUAAACAAAACUUGUGCUCUU